UAUAAAUGUAUGUAUGUGUGUGGCUCUCUCAACUAGAGGUCUAGGUAGUUACAAGUAUCAGACUUUCUCAUUCUCUACUCGAAACUUUUCUUGUGAGUUGUGAGAAAUGCCUUCUCUUCAUUCAAAUGAAAACCCGUGUACUGAAAAGUGUCGCAAAAGAUUGCGUAGCUUCCUUAGAAACUUUAUUAUACCAACCAGCCUGCCUCUUCCUCUACAUAAGGAGCUUCCAAAUGACAUGCGAGGAGUUAUAUUGGUGGCGGUUGCUUUGAUUGCUGCAGUGACCUUUCAAGCCGGAGUCACUCCUCCCGGUGGAGUUUGGCAAGAUUCCGAUGACGGACAUGUCCCGGGGCGGGCAGUAUUUGCUUCUCAAUCAGUACCCUUUUAUUUUUUCUUGAUUUGCAACACCAUGGCCUUUUCUUCCUCAAUCUAUCUCUUAUUAUAUCUUACUUUUGGGAAACCUUUCUUCUUAGAAGUAUUAGUUGCCACUCUCUCAAUGUGCGGGACUUAUGCAGCUGCUGUUUUUUCCAUUACACCUUAUGAAACUACCCCGUUUCGUCUCAUCGCUCUUGUUGCAGCUCUGCCUCUCACACUACGGCUGGCUAUCUAUUUGUUGUGCUGGAUGAUCAGCAAAUCAUGUUGCAAGGGAUGCAAUGAAGAUGAUAAGGAAUCAGAUGAUAAGGAAUCAAGCUCUGGCUCAUGCCCUAUUUGCCAGCGCUGUAAGAAGCACGCCAAGGGAUCUAGCAACGAUGUCUGCAGGCCGGAUACACUUCACCAGUCCGCGUAAUCAGCAUGGCCUUUUAUCUUAAUUAUGCCUAACUCGAUCGCCGGCUUCCUCAUCAGAUUCUCCUCAAGCCUUCUAGGUGGUUCGACAAGGGUUAAGCUUCAAUUUGGCCUUCCUU